AUGGAGAUAUCCUGCAGCAGUAGCACUAGUUGCUUCGAGUCCGCUCUAGAAUAUCUUCGCUGCUUGGAUAAUACCACCCUAGGCUACGAUGAUCUUAUCUCGAAGCUGAAGAUGGGGGUGCGACUAUUACAAAGCUUUGAUCUGUAUCUGACAAUGUGUAGAAGGAGGAACCAUGAAACCUGUUUGGAACAAGAUGAGAAGGAGAAGGAUGUUAAGUCUUCCAAAAUUCAAGAUCUGAUUAUCAGGAGAAUGCAAGGUCUUGAAUUUCCUUGCAGCGAAUACUUGAAUCAUUCUCGAUGGCCUGAUUUGACUCGUCUUGAAAGUGAGCUCCCCCUAUUCCUGGAAGCAAUCAAGUUAUUUUUCGAAACAGAUAUCAACGAAUCGUGCAUCAACUAUCUGCUGGACUGUUAUUGGCUGCGAGAUCCAGAGCUAGUUAUUGAUUUCAUCGAUUCUGUUUCCGAGAAUCUGGCAGAAAUUGGCGUAUCCCAUUCCAAGAAGCUAAUGUUCUUGGAGAGUUUCAUUCGCUUUGCCAUACUUUGCUGUGUCAAGGGUCAGCAAUUGAUAGAUCUCUUGAUUCACGCUGAAGUGGUGUCUAUCAAGGCAUUACGCCUGUUUUCUAUAUGGUGGUUUAACAAUGCCAUAGAUAAUAAUGAAGUAUGCAAGGAAACGAGACUUCAAAUUUCUCGACUAAUAGAUGAGAAGAUUAAUCCCGGUGAUCCCCAGGUCCGAGAAACUUACAUCCAUGUCUUGACUGCUGCAAAGUUAUCAAGAUCAUCAGACAUUUCAGAUCUGGAGAAGAAUAAGCAUCUAGUAGCUGACUUUAUGGAGUAUCUCGUCUCCAAUAUUAUGGAGCUACUAGAAUCUUGUACCAGUACUCCAGUCCCGAUUAUGAAUCAAAUGCUCAAAUUUGUUGAGGGGCUAAGAUUCCUGACAAUCCUUCUCAGGCAUCAGGAGAAGUUCAAAGAGCUAUGCCAUGAAAUGAAGAAUCUUAUUGGAGUUGUGGCCUGUGAUGCAGCGGUUGUAAUUUUCUCUCUUUCUGUGAAUCAAAUCAAAGAAGGCUUGGCCAAGGAAACCGAUCUUGAUCUUUUUCAUUUGCUUAAAGUGCUCAAGUUUGUUAGGGCAGAAGUUACCGAUCCAGUAACAUCAUUCUCGCCGUUUGGUUUUCCUAGGACCAAUGAGUUGGGCUCUAUGGAUUUUCUCCUUCAAAAUCUGAAGGAACUAGAAAGUUGUAAUGAGGCUGAUGAUUCAAUUGCAUUUCCGAAAGAUCAAAUCCACACAGUCCUAGAAGAUCUAGUAUUCUUAAGAUCUUUCCUUGUCAAGAUAGCAGACCAGCGCAACCGGAAUGGAAAACUCCAAGCUCUUUGGAGUCGUGUUAUGGAGGUUGCGCACAGGGCAGAGUCUGUCAUUGACUCUAUUGUGGUUGGUGAUAAACAUGAAUAUUUGGAAAGAGUUGCCAGAGAUAUCCAGCUUUUGAGCACUGAGGCCCGUGAAACCUAUGAUAGCACGAGGCAUGACUGUGGAGCUCAGAGAACUAACCAGAAAUCUUUCCGCAUUGAGUCAAAAUGUCGCGCCUCAGUGUUGCAUGAAGUUCUGGUGGGUCUUGAUGAUGAGGUAAAGGCAAUUAUUCAUAGUCUUACCAGGGGUUCAAAGCUGUUGGAUUUUGUUUCAAUUGUGGGUAUGGCUGGACUUGGUAAGACAACAUUGGCCUAUAGAGUUUGCAAUGAUCCAUUAAUUUUGAGUCACUUUCAUAUCCUUGCUCGGUGUACUGUUUCUCAAGUGUAUAGCAUGCACAGCUUGUUAGUUCAGCUUUUAUGUAGUAUUUCUUCUGGAAGUCCCGGUUAA